AUGGAAGUCGAACGCGUGGCUGUUAUCGGUGCGGGGCCUUGUGGCCUGGGAGUCGCAAAGUAUCUUCUUGCAGAACAAAAAUUCAAGACCAUCACUAUUUUUGAACAGCGCGACCAACCUGGAGGUGUUUGGAAUUACACCGGCGAUCAGGGCGUCAGCAAUGCAUCGGUACUUUCUCGCUCUAAGCCAAGCCAGGAGCCUCAACAGCCCGUGAACGGGACUUUUAUUUCCCCUGUAUAUGACUCUCUCGAAACAAAUAUUCCAAAUUCGAUGAUGCAGUUCACCGAGUCUCCGUUCCCUGCAGGAACCGCGCUAUUUCCAACCCAUGUCGUCGUGAAAGACUAUCUCCAUCAGUACGCAGAGGAGUUGAAGCCGCUCAUACGUCUGCAGUCCUUGAUUUUGGAUGUUGUAUUAUCGAGAAAACAUCCAAAGCCGGAAUGGACUGUGACGUGGCGCGAUCUGAAGACUGGUGGUACCUUGGUGGAGCAAUUUGAUGCAGUUGUCGUCGCGAAUGGACACCACAAUGACCCAUAUAUCCCCGAAAUUGCUGGCUUGGCUGAGUGGAAUCGAGCCUACCCAGGCUCUAUCAUUCAUUCUUCCUCUUAUAGGCGUGCGGAAUCAUUUUCAAACAAGAAAGUUAUUGUCGUCGGUCACUCCGCCUCGGGAAUUGACAUCGCCACUCAAAUCGGUCGAGUCUCAAAACACCCGCUGCUGAUUUCCGAACGGACAGCAACAACUCUCUCCCCAGAACAAUCCGCUAUUGCCGAAACCCUUCCGGAAAUCAGCCUUCUCAGUGCCGAGGACGGUCGCGUGCAGUUUGUCAAUGGCCAUGAAGAGAGAAAUGUCGAUCAUAUUAUCUUCUGCACAGGAUACCACUUCUCUAUCCCAUUCUUAUCAUCUUUGCAACCGCCUCUUGUCACGGAUGGCGUACGCCCUCGCCAUUUGUACCAACAUGUCUUCUACAGCAAAGAGCCCACCCUCGCUCUGAUAGGAUUCCCUCAACGGAUUGUACCAUUCCCUUUCAGCCAGGCGCAAGGCGCGUGGCUCGCACGCAUUCUGUCUGGCCGAGCAGCGCUGCCUUCUGAGAUUGAAAUGGAGCGGUGGAUUGGGGAGUGGACGGUCGAUCAUGGCGAUGGACGUAGCUUUAAUACCCUUGCUUUCCCGCUUGAUGCGGCUUACAUCAACUCCCUUUACGAUUUGAGUUCAAAUGCGGCGCGGAAGGAAGGUUUGGAAAAUGAUGGGCAGGGCAGAAGACCCCCUUUUUGGGGUGAGAAGGAGAAGUGGACGCGGGCGAGAUUCCCUUUGAUCAAGAAGGCAGCGCAAGCACUUGGUGAUCGACGAGCUGAGGUAAAGAGUUUGGAACAGCUUGGGUUCGAUUUUGAGAAGGAGGUUGCGCAAGACGCUGGGGCUGGGACUGCGCGUCUAUAG